UUCAUGGAACCCCUGCCGAGGUGACUUGUCACCAAGAAACAGUGCGUCAAUGCGAGUGUAGCGGACAAUGCAACUGGCAAGCAUGCGAAGAACCCUGUCAAGUAUGCUCAUGCUCCUACUGUUCGAUGCGCCCCAUCGACAUUCAACUCGUUUGUCGACCACCUAACGUUCAACCAGCGUAUGCGAAUCAAAGAAAUGGGUUUUGGUGGGCUCCUUCAUGUUUCGGCAGAUAGGUUAGAGAGCAGAGAACUAUUAAAGUUCUUGUUGGACAGGCUAGACCCCAGCACUAUGGUGAUCAAUAUUUCCAAAGACAAGGGAAUCCAUGUCACCCCGUACGCCGUCAUGCAAGUGCUUGGUUUACCGGACAGUGGUGAACAUCUACAUUUCCAUUCACACAACCAAGCAUCUAGGGAGUUCUCUGCUUUCAAGGCUUGGGUUGGUCUAGAAGAAUCCCAAGACAUGCAUGCUAGCCAUCUCCAAAAUAUUUUGGAGGAUGAUUCUAAUAUGGGAUCUGCCAUUAUUGAUGAUGACAUGGCAAUAAGAUUUUUCUUCAUCAUUGCUUGUAACAAACUGCUUUUCCCAAGCACAGACAACAACAUCAGGUGCAAGGAUGUUUACUUGACUAGGGACCUGACUUGCUUACCAGGGUUGAACUGGUGCAAAGCAGUUGUGGAUGACCUUCAAGAUGUUGCAUUCACUUGGCGGGCUGACAAAACAAAGAAAUCGCUCUCAGGAUGUGCAAUAUUUCUCAUUAUACUGUAUCUUGGCAACCUCCAAUGCAAAUAUCAGAUUGCACACACUGAAACUCCUCGCGCAAAGUACUUUGAUCAAAAUGUUAUUAAGAAGAUAAUUACUGCUGACAGGAUGAAAGACCGACAAGGGAAGGCUACAUUUGGGCUAUUACCGGAACAGCAUCAAUUCUUGCUACCAUAG